AAAUAAACACGCACACACACACUAAGUCCAUCUCCUCUUUCUAAAAUCGCAUUUUAAAAGAGAGGGAAGAGUUCAAACUUCAAACUGACACUUCACCUCGAAAUCCAUCUAUAAGAUUCACAGAUAUUGCGAAUUUUCUUUGAUGUCAUUUGAGUUGUUGAAGAAAUCUUCAUUGAAAUGAACAACGUAAUGGCUGAAAAUAGGAUCCACCCCUCCUCGGCCGAUCAUCAAGAACCGUUGUCGGCGAAAUCCUCCGAUCAUCUCUUACCGGAGUCGGCGAUACCCUCGUCAUCACCUCCUUCGGCGGAGAAGAAGCCACUGCCGCCGCCAACCUACGUUAUCCAGCUACCGAAAGAGCAGAUAUUCAGCUACCCGCCGCCGGAAAAUGCCCGGAAGUUCGACCUCCUCACCCGACGGAAGACUGGCCGGAGCCGGUGCCGGACCUGCCUCUAUGUCACAAUCGUCCUACUCCUUUUACUCAUCCUCGCUGCUUCUAUUACUGCCGGCGUGAUCUACUUCGUUUUCCGGCCGAAGGCGCCGAGUUACACCGUUCAGGAUCUAUCAAUUCGGGGGUUUAAUCUGACGUCACCGUCACCAAUUUCGCCGGUUUUUGACGUCACCAUAAGGGCGGAGAACCCGAAUAAGAAAAUCGGGAUAGAUUACAAAUCAGGGAGUGAAGUGGAAGUAUUUCACGGCGACGUUAGAUUGGCUAACGGCGGUUUGCCGGUGUUUUACCAGCCGUCUAAUAAUGUGACGGUGUUUAAGACGGAGUUGACGGGGUCCAACGUGGUUCUCGCGACUAACGUCAAAUCGGCCAUCCUAAACGAGCAGAAACAAGCGAAGGUGCCGUUAAAUUUUAAGAUCAAAGCUCCCGUUAAAAUAAAGGUUGGGUCGGUUAAGACUUGGAAGAUCACCGUUAGAGUCAGCUGUGAAGUUACGGUUUCAGCCUUGGAUGAGAAGGCUAAUAUUGUCUCGAAAGAUUGUCAGUAUAAUGCCAAAUUAUGGUAGUGUUGAAUACAAGGAGAAUAAGUAGAUGAGGAUGAGAUUAGUCAAAUUCUUACAAAACAGUAUUAAUUUUAUAAAUAAAGCAUUAUCGAAUCUAUAUUUUGUUAAUGUAUGCUGUACAGCCUGUUAAUUGCUGGUAUAACAUAUUACAGAUAAAAAAAAAAUUGGUGUGCAAUAGGUCAAUUUUUAUUAUUAUUAAAAAAUUGGUGGGCAAUAGGUCAAUUUUUAUUAUUAUUAUUUUUUUGUUGAAUACAUAUAAGGAUUGAAAAGUAUUUGAUUUGUAUUUUUGCAACAAUUAAUUUUUAUAUUUAACCAUUCCAAAAGGAUUUAGCUUCGUUAAUAUUUUUGACACAUUUUAUCUUAUUACUUUCUAUAUUUCGAAAUAAUUAUCUAAAUUUUAUUUUUAUUUUAAAUAUGAAUGUAAAUUAUUAUACAAUAAUUUUAGACAGAAAGAAUAUAUUCUCGAAUCGAAAGCAGGAACACAGAC